CCCCUCUCUCUCCUCUCUCUCUCUUUCUCUCACUUCUUUCUUCUCUCUCUAGAUGAAACCCUAAUCCUUUAACAGAAGAUUUCCAUUAUUUCGUACGUGUAACUAUUUUUUCAGACAAGAGUGCAAUAAGAAGAAAAGGGAGAAUAUGGAAUAUUCCGGCAACAGUGGGAGCUUGCAGUCAUCCAGCGGUGGUGAUGAGGAGUACGAGUCACGCGCCGCCGGGUCCAUCUUCAUGAACAGUAGUACUACUCAUCAUCCAGCACCACCAACCCAUGUCAUCGGACCCAUUUCCAACCCACCACAACCACCGUUCUUUGACCCGUUUUCCAACUAUAUGCAGCUCCUCCACUCGAACAUGACGUGGCCUAGACCACCCGCCACGUCAUUCAGAUCCGACCCGAAUACCAUCAACCCCAUGCUUUCCGCUUCUUCACACGCUCUCCGGCCGCCGCCGGCGGGCGGAGAAGGCAGUAACAACAGCGGCGUUUCAGCACCGACGGUGACGAAUACGAAUCAGGCCGCGGCGGCGCGUAACCCGAGGAAAAGAUCGAGAGCAUCCAGACGCGCGCCAACCACCGUCCUGACUACAGACACCACCAACUUCAGAGCCAUGGUUCAGGAAUUCACCGGCGUUCCAGCUCCGCCCUUCAUCCCAAGAGGCGGCCUCGAUCUUUUCGGCCCGAGAUCCACCGCCUUCGAAACGCCGCCGCCGCCGCCGUAUCUCCGUCGUCCCUUCUCCCAGAAAGAUAAUCCUCCUCCGCAGUUUCGUCCUUCCUCCACCGCCGCCGACGGCGGCGGCGGCGGCAUGGGAGGCUCUUCCACUCAAAGCUGGAAUCUUUUCAACGUUACAAACCCGAAAUUCGUGUUCUCAAAUAAUUCUUCCGACAAUAUCGCCGGAAACCUUAUUCCUCCCGACCAAACCGCCGCCGGAAAUGAUUCUUGUAAUAAAAAUACAGAUAACAAGAAUGCAGCAGCGGCGGAAGAAGCAGCAAGAUGGAGGAAUAAUAAUGAAGAAGGUUAUAAGCCAGUGGGUGGACCCUACAACUUUCCGGCGACAACUCCGAUGAACGGAAAUAUGAAUUACUCCGGCGAGAAAGCUCCGGCGGCCGAAAACAUUAUCACCGCGAGAGGAUUAUCGGAAGGUAUGGUGGAAUCAUGGAUUUGUUCUUCUUCAGAGUAGAAAAUGUCAAAAUGAUCAUAUGUCGAUCGAUGAAGGGUUUAAUUAAUUAAUUAUGAUUAAUUUAAACAUUAAUUAAUUAAUUAAUUAAUUAAUUAAUUAAU